CGAGGUAUCUAAAGUUAGGGAUACGGUAGCGUUGAUAUACGUACCUUUAUCAAUCAAUCACUUUUCACGUGUUUGCUUCAAUCAUUGUUGCUUAUGAGAAUUAGCACGUGUACAAAUUCGCAAGAAUGUCAGGCCAGCGCGAUGUUAGCAUGGUGCUCGAGACACACACCAGCCUUGACCCGUCACAAAAAGAUAUCUCUGAGCCUCCCAAAUCAUACACCUACUACCAUGCCGGCCCGCUGUUUACCAUGGCGGAACUGCAUACCAACACGCUACUAUCUCAGGCCAUCCAGCGAAAAUCGUCCGGAAAGUUCAUUGGCAUUCUGCCACAAGAUCUCGAACAACGAGAUCAAAGUCCGCACGCGAUAAGAGACGAGGACCUCCGUGCACUACUGUCCUGUGACCUUGGCCUAUUUACAUUCGAUGGGGCCGAACUCGACGCAGGCACCGUGGUCGAAUACAUGUUCUCCAAAAUGGCGGACAUUCCUGCCGUCGUUCUGCGGUCGGAUUUUCGAGGUUCUGGUGACCAAGGCUCGACAGGUGACGCUUGGAACUUGAUGAGUUCCAACUGGCCCCGGACUGUGGGCGUGUCUGUCAAUUCUCUCGUGGAGUAUAAGUCUGCUCUUGCCAAAACUCUGUCACGGCUCGAAGUCACCAAUCCAGGGGACCUUGUCAUCGAUCAAGUUGCUCAAAAGGUGAUUGAUGGCUUCGAGAAGGUCCUCCAAGAGCCACCAAGGAUGCCCAAGGAGUUGAGGGAAAGUGUUUACCAGUGGCUGGCGCUUAUGCCCGGCUUCAGAGACGGGAGCAAUCACCGGAACGUCGAGAUUCUUCUCAAAUUAUGCGGACAGAAGCAAGCCAGUGGAUUAUUAUGACAGCAACCUCUCGAUUGUCAUAUUGAGAGGUUGACCAUUUGCAAGAAGUGUUGGUUGCAGGAGCAAGACCCUAUAUACAAGUAUUAUUUGGCCUCUACGUUGGCCAGUUCUGGUCUUUCUUGUAUACACUUACAACUUUUGCCCGGCCACAGAGCCUGUACUCGGGGUACUCUUUCCGAU